UUCUUCCUUUCUAUUCUUCAACUCCCUCCAAACCCUUCUCAAAGGACACAAGGAACGACCUUUCUGCAGCCACAAUGAAUACCAUCCUCAACCCAAAGGCCCUACUGUGUGCAUUUGGCGUCAUUGGGUUUUUAGGCACCCAUGGUCGCACCGGGGCGGACGGGUCCACAGCCCUCAUAUCCAAUGCCCUGGAAAGUCCCAACCCUUAUAAUCUUCCUGGCACCCACUCUGCUCUACAUAAAACCUUUACCGGACUUCCACCGGUUGACUUCAUUAUCAGCAUGCUGGUUCUAUUCUGGUGGGAGACCAUUGACGGUUCCCAUCCAGCCACCUCGGCCAUUGGGCUUUAUUUCCUUGGGCAGCUACUACCGUGCAUUGUCAUCACCUAUUUGAACGCCCUGCGAGGGAAUAAGCCCAGCCUGGUCAAACCCACUCUUUGGCUUACUCUGUUCCAGAUUGGCUCUGUAGGGGCUACUAGCUUCAUCUGGGCUCUUGCGUACACAAUGAGGUCCCCGACUACCCACGCCAUUCUAGAACCGCAGGUCUUGCAAAUCUCUUCUCUUAUUUCCUGCCUGGAUUAUGCUUGGCUCCUUGUUCCUGCAUUGUUGCUUGGAUACGUGCUUCCGGCGUUUCUUAUGGGCCUGCCACCGACACUCGUGAGUAAUACUUUUACUCAGUAUGCACUCGCGGCCUGGAACAUGUAUCCUGCGGUAGUGUCGGUCUUACUUUACCUCCUGCGCACCGUAUUUGCAAGAUUUAUUCGCCGUCCAGCUGCCGAACACGGAGAAAGCACUCUUGUCAAAGCCAAGUCACCAACAAGAGAAGCGGAGACUAGCCACCUCCACGCAGUUCGAGUCACCACCAUCGCAACGCUCGUCCUUAGUUCAACGAUGCACUUGUUUAUCGUUGGCCUCUCAAUAACUACUCUCUUAUUUCCCUCCAUCUUCAAACCCGCUUACGUCAACGAGCUUAGCCCCCGCGCUAUCUUCAUUCCUCCGGUAGCUCCAGGACCACGGGCCUUGACACCAGGAGACGGGGUUCGUGGCUUUCUACUCUGGGACCAGGUCGCGGGUUACUCUACUGUUCUUCUGGUUGUGCUUUUGGAGUUGCGUGGCGCAUUAAAGGCCGCUCAGGGACUCGGUAGCAAAGCACCCACUCCGUCUGCGUGGAUUAUCGGAGCGCUUGGAGUCGGCCUCUCCCUCGUCCUGGGACCGGGAAGCGCAUGCCUGGUGGCCAGUUGGGCCCGUGAUGAGAUUCUCUUUGGAAAUUGGUGAAGCACAUGACUUUCUACGCAGAGCCACCAUACCCGUUCUAUCGGCCUUAUAGUUUGGGAUGUCUACGCAGUUCAUAAAUGGACCAAGUAUCGAGGCGGCGGAAACUUAGACCCGACCCUUUCAGCACAACAACAUCCAUUGGACCGUGUCUCUUGAAUGAUGAACGGUUAUAGGAACUACCCCUGGGUAUAGUUGAGAAUCAUGGUAUAUAAUCCGUUGUGAGUCAAAUUGGUAAACGGAAAAUAAGUCUGUAAAUCGUGCAUAUCAGGGGGAGGUUGACAGAGUGAGCAAUUUUAGGUACUGCUCAGAAAUACAAUCUGGCAUCCCGAGUGCAACCGACCGCGAAGAGAGCCAUAAACAUCCGUCCCUAUGAGCCUACAGUUAUAGUAACUGCCAUAUCAAUCAUAAUACUCGUCCCGUUAAUGCAGGACAAAAACGCAAUUAUAUCAGACAGCUUCUCAUUGUCUAUAGUAUAUUCAAUAAGUAUGAUUGUGGGUAUAGACUACCUUAGUAUACGUUAGUAUAUGCGACCAAGCAAAUCGGAAUCAACGUGUCAUGCC